UUGCCAUCACUAGAGGUCACAAUUGGGCAACGUUUUGUUUACAAAAAAAGUUUAAACUUUUCGGUGGUUUUUCGAGCGAUAGACUGGAUAACCGCGCCGUGAAUUGUGCAGAGGAGUGAGACGCCAGCGAGAAAGACGAGACGAGACGUCAGCGUUGGGUGGCGGAGUUUGCGCAACUUUUUGUGUGUAGGAGCCUGGAGCCGAAAAUAAAACAAAAAAGAAAAAGAAGGAAAAGGAAGUAAGCAAACUAACGGUACCACGGCGGUAAAGGUGCAAGGAGCGAGCGAUAGAGAAGUAGCUAAUGUGGAGCGAGCACGAUAAACGGCAAGGCAGGAAGGAAAAGGAUCCAACUAUCGAGCAACGAAUCGCAACGAAAACCACCUUUAGUUCAAUCAAUUCCCAAAGGCUGGCCAUGUAGUACAGUGGAACCUACCUGUAGAAUAACAGCGACCACUUAACGAACAACAACACACCGAGGUGCCCUUAGACAAUCCAUUUGUACAAAUCAAUAAAAAAAAAAGAAAUUGAAAUUGAUAACUGCCGAAUUUUCUGAACAACCAACGACAAUAAAACGGGAUAUAAACAAAGUGCAAUAAGGACAUAAUCCCAGGAUACAAGGAUACAGCCAAAAUGGGACGCAAAGUGACCGUGGCGGUGUCCACUCUGAACCAGUGGGCCCUGGACUUUGAGGGCAAUAUGGCGAGAAUAUUGCAGUCCAUCCUGGAGGCCAAGGACAUGGGUGCCAGCUAUCGCACGGGACCCGAGCUGGAGGUUUGCGGCUACAGCUGCGAGGAUCACUUCCGCGAGCCGGACACAUUCCUGCACUCGUGGGAGGUGCUGCUGGAGGUGAUGAUGUCGCCCAUCUGCGAGAAUAUGCUGGUGGACGUGGGCAUGCCGGUGAUGCACCGCAAUGUGGCCUACAAUUGCCGGGUGGCGUUUUUCAACCGCCAGCUCCUGCUGAUCCGGCCCAAGAUGGCCAUGUGCGACGAUGGCAACUAUCGCGAGUCACGCUGGUUCACCGCCUGGACCAAGUCCCUGCAGACGGAGGAGUUCGUUCUGCCGCGAAUGAUUGCCCAGCACACGGGCCAGCAGACGGUACCGUUCGGGGACGCCGUGAUAGCCACCAGGGACACCUGCCUCGGCUACGAGAUCUGCGAGGAGCUGUGGAAUGUGCGAAGCAAACACAUCGAGAUGUCGCUGGCAGGCGUCGAGCUGAUCGUCAAUAGCUCCGGCAGCUACAUGGAGCUAAGGAAGGCCCACAUCACCACCGAUCUGAUCCGGAAUGCCAGCUUCAAGGCCGGCGGCGCCUAUCUCUUCAGCAAUCUGCGUGGCUGCGAUGGUCAGCGGGUCUACUUUAACGGCUGCUCGGCCAUCGCCCUGAACGGGGAGCUUUUGGCCCGCGGACAGCAGUUCGCCCUGCAGGAUGUGGAGGUAACGCUGGCCACCAUUGAUCUGGAGGAGAUUCGUGCCUACCGCGUUAGCCAGCGUUCCCGCUGCUCAACGGCUGCCGGGGCGGCCGACUAUCCGCGCAUCCACUGCGACUUUGAGAUGUCGACGCACAGUGACAUCUUCAAGACUUCCACGCCGCCCCUCAACUGGCCGAAUCACACGCCCGAGGAGGAGAUAGCUCUGGGUCCCGCCUGCUGGCUAUGGGACUACCUGAGGCGCUCGGGACAGGGCGGCUUCUUUCUGCCCCUGAGCGGGGGCGUUGACUCCAGCAGCUCGGCCACCAUCGUGCAUUCCAUGUGCCGCCAGAUAGUCCAGGCUGUCCAGCUGGGCGAUGCACAGGUGCUCCACGACAUACGCAAGAUACUGGCCGACACGGAAUACACGCCGGAUAAUGCCGCCGGGCUAUGCAACCGCCUGCUGGUGACCUGCUUCAUGGGCAGUGUGAACAGCAGCAAGGAGACGAGGCGGAGGGCCGCCCAGUUGGCCAACCAGCUGGGCAGCUAUCACAUCGAGAUCAGCAUUGAUCUGGCUGUGAAUGCUCUGCUAGGGAUCUUCAAUGCGGUCACGGGUCUCACGCCCCGCUUCAAGACGCAGGGCGGCUGUGCCCGCCAGAAUCUGGCGCUGCAGAACAUUCAGUCGCGGAUUCGGAUGGUGCUGGCCUACAUCUUUGCCCAGCUGAUGCUGUGGGUGCGCAACCGGCCGGGCGGACUCCUGGUACUCGGCUCAGCCAAUGUGGACGAGUCGCUGCGAGGGUAUCUGACCAAGUACGACUGCUCCUCGGCGGACAUCAAUCCGAUUGGUGGCAUCUCCAAGAUGGAUCUGCGUCGGUUCCUGAUCUACGCCAAGGAUAAAUUCAACCUGCCGGCAUUGGAGGGCAUCAUAGAUGCCCCGCCCACAGCCGAACUGGAGCCGCUGCAGGAGAACGGGGAGCUGCAGCAGACGGACGAGCAGGACAUGGGCAUGACCUAUGCCGAGCUCUCCGAGUACGGACGCCUGCGCAAGCAGUCCUUCUGCGGCCCCUACAGCAUGUUCUGCCGGCUGGUGGCCACCUGGAAGGGCGACCUCAGUCCCAAGGAGGUGGCCGACAAGGUGAAGCAUUUCUUCCGCUGCUACGCCAUCAACAGGCACAAGAUGACCGUGCUGACGCCGUCGGUGCACGCGGAGAGCUACAGUCCGGAUGACAAUCGCUUCGACCAUCGGCCCUUCCUCUAUCGCCCCAACUGGAGCUGGCAGUUCAAGGCCAUCGACGAUGAGGUGGACAAGCUGCAGCCCAUCUAUACGCCUUCGUCGUCGGCUCAGCUGCGUCCCAGCAGCGAGGAUCUGCUUCUCUCUACGCAGAGAUCCUCGCACCUGGACGACUCCAAGCACUCCUCGCCCCUGUCCUCGGCAUCUGCAUCGAUUGACGUGGGCAUAUCGACGGCGGCAGGGGUUCCACUGCCGGGCGCUGCUGCUCCAGGCGGCGGUCUCUCCAAGAAGCCCAGUGGAUACUCCAAGGUGCAUGUCAAUGUCCUGGGCAAGAUCAAAGACCGCACAGGAAUUCCCGUCUAAGAAACCGAACGAACUCGCAAAGCACUGUUAAAAUUAUACAAAGUAAACAUUUUUUUUUUUUACCAAGCUUGAUGUCCUUACUAAAAAAAAAGAGAACAAGCUAAGACCGUAGCGUUAUAUACAUUUUUCUAAGAUCUAAGACAUACGUUUGUUAAAACUUAAUCUAUCAAUUUUAUGUGACUAUGUGCCUUCUAUUGUUCGUAAUGCUCCGCAGUUAUGGUCCUUAAAUCACUCUGAUGAAGUACUGCCAUACCAAGAAAAUUAUAUCCCAAAGAAAGUUUUAUCCUGUUUCCACUUAUAUAUCUCACAUUUUCAUGUUUUCCUUAAAUUACUUAAUUCAUUAAUUAGGGAUUGGUAAAUAAUUAAAUUAGAGCCCAAAUCGUAUUGAUAGCAAGAGUAGCGGUUGGAAUUGAGGGAGUCGUGUGCAGGGGUGACCCGGAAAGAUACUAUAUAUAUAAUUAAUAGUAUCGAUUAAAUUUUAUAACAUUUUUAAAACUCUUUUUUUUUUAAGUAUUUUUUCUAGCAAUUCUAGGUUAAAGUAAAGCUUAGCUGUAGAGCUGGAAAUUAAACCGAUUCUAUAGUAGAUUAAUCGAUUUUUUAAAAUUAUGCUAUAUAAAUUAUCGAUAUACAUUUUCAAAAUCGAUUUAAUCGAAUUCAUGUUUCUCUUUCUGAAACCCCAACCGUUUCUAUGGCAUCCCUGCAUAUGGCAUUGGUACUUUGAAUUGAAUAUAGCUCAUUAAUUGAUAUAGCUCGCAUCUAACCGAUAUAGGAAUUGAGCAGUUCGCCUAAAACUAACUAGUAUUAUGAAUUCCAUAUCAAGCACUCGGCACAACUCUAGCUAAAGUAGAUCACCAUUAUCCUAGGUGUAGUUUAUGAACUUUCCUAACCCCCUUUGAAGGUGUCACAGCCUUCGUAGCGUCUUUUUCCAGUUGGCCUUAUCUUAACGAAAGUCUUUACUCAUGCUCAAAACAAAAUUUGUACAGCAGCAACUUCUUUGGCACUCACUUAUAGUCCUGGGUUCGCUUUGGAUCAUUUUAAUACAUUGGUAGUUCUCAAGAUACUUUUUCCAUUUGUAAAAUCGCUACACUAUAAAACCAAGGAAGCGUCAAUUACAACUAGUGCACAAAGCAUAAAUAUUUAGGAACUAUGUGUAUUAACUUGAAUAUAAAAAACACGCUUUAACAGGCCACAAACCUCAGACCAGAGACCCGAGAAAGGCAUUGAUAUAAUACUAUAUAGUAGCUCGCAGUUGUUGUAUUUGCGAGAUCAAGAGUUAGUUCGACUUUUUUAGGUACUUUAUUAUAUAUACAACAACUUUAUUGUACUCUUGCGUUGAGCACCCAAGAUAUUGGUCGAAAAUGUUGCAACUAUUCAAGUAUUUUGUAUUCAAUAUUUAAAGUUCAUUUGUGGCCUUGACUAAUUGGUUGAAUUCAUGGUGGAAUUAAAUUGGUUUUUAAAUUGGUUUUUUAAAUUCAAGUGAAUGUGGACGAAACCUGUACUAAAAUUGAGUUAUCAAAAGUACAUUUCAAUGACCUUUUCUUGGGUGCCCUUUUUUCUGUAGUAGCAUGUAGGUCUAAAGCACAUUGUGAAUUUGAACACUCGCAUCGCAUCGAUUUAAUGGAACACUGAUUGUAGAGUCUAGGAAAUAUAUACACCAGACAUUUUUGUAGUUUCAA